AUGGCACCAUUAGAUAAGCAUUCUAUCACGUGGGUAUGGUUAGGGUUUACCCGCAGCAACCCACAUUACUUUUGCAAACACGCCAACCCAACAAUUACUUUUGAUUUUCGAGAAUUCUGUACAGUUCAUAUCAUCAUCACCAGCAUCGGCCAAAAUCGCAACGACAAUUCAGACUUAGAGGUCAUCAAAACUAUAUCUCAGCAAAAAUGCCGUUUCCAGACGAAGUAUCGUCGACGACGCGAAGGAAAGACCGAUUACUAUGCUCGUAAGCGGCUGAUCACCCAAGCCAAGAACAAAUAUGCCGCCCCAAAAUACCGCCUCGUUGUUCGAUUCACCAACCGAGAUAUCGUCUGCCAGAUCAUUAAGUCCGAGCUUACCGGUGACAAAGUCUUCGUGGCUGCGUAUGCUCAUGAAUUGAAGAGAUAUGGCAUUAACCACGGCCUAACCAAUUGGGCUGCCGCAUAUGCCACUGGUCUUCUCGUCGCCCGUCGCGCCUUGAAGAAGCUCGACCUCGACGAAACUUUCGCUGGCGUUGAGGAUGUCAGCGGUGAGUUUACUCUCACCGAAGCGGCUGAAGGCGACGACGGUGAAAGCCGUCGCCCAUUCAAGUGCUUCUUGGAUGUUGGUCUCGCCCGGACUUCCACCGGUGCCCGUGUUUUUGGUGCUAUGAAGGGAGCUUCGGACGGUGGUCUUUACAUUCCUCACUCCCCCAGCCGUUUCCCCGGCUACGAUAUCGAAACCAAGGAACUCGAUGCCGAGACUCUCAGGAAGUACAUAUUUGGUGGUCACGUUGCUGAGUAUAUGGAGACACUCGCCGAUGACGAUGAAGAGAGGUACAAGUCACAAUUCCAGAAAUAUAUUGAUGACGAUAUUGAAGCCGAUGGAUUGGAGGACCUUUACACUGAGGCGCACGCAAAGAUUCGCGAGAAUCCCUUCCUCGAGGAUCCCGACAAGGAUACUAAAACCGCUGAAGAAUGGAAGGCCGAGAGCUUGAAGUACAGGAAGAAGAAGCUGACGAAGGAAGAGAAGGUCGAGAACGUCAAGGCUAAGAUCGCGGAGAUCAAGUCUGCACAGUAA